CAACAGGAGCAACGCUGGAGAGCAGCAACUGGUCCACACUCGCCUCGCCGGUGCUGCUGCUGCUGCUGCUGCCGCCGCCGCUGCUGCUGCAACUGCAACCGACAACCGAUUGAGGAGAACCGGCAGACUGAUUUGGGUGGAAUAACGCGGCAGCGAGCUGCUUUCACACAUCCCCGCAGGCUUUUAGCAGUUGACGAGCUGCGCUUCUUCGCCAAUGGCAAGUCCGGUGGCAGACAUAGGACAGUCUCAUCAGCAUCACCCUGUGACCGAGUCGGCCGCAGACUCCGCGUUUCAGGAGGCGCAGAAAUGGAUAGAGGCUGCGACGGGAAGAUGUUUUGGUGACAAGGAUUUCAGAGGAGGUUUGGAGAACGGGAUUCUUCUGUGCGAGUUGCUAAGCUCAAUCAAACCCAGCCUGGUGAAGAAAAUUAACAGACUUCCAACACCCAUAGCUGGCCUGGACAACCUCAGUGUGUUUCUGCGUGGCUGUGAAGAGCUGGGACUGAAGGGAUCCCAGCUGUUUGACCCAGGAGACCUGCAGGACACAUCGACACGCCCCACUGCCAAGGGAAGUGACUGCAGUCGAAAGCUCAAGAAUGUUUUAAUCACCAUCUACUGGUUGGGUCGUGCUGCCAACACCUGUACCUCCUACAACGGGCCCACGCUGGACCUGAAAGAGUUUGAAGGGCUGCUGUCACAGAUGCGAAAGGAGGCGGAGGAGGCAGAGAGCCCUAAACGCAGCAUCCGGGACAGCGGCUACAUCGACUGCUGGGACUCUGAGCGCAGCGACUCUCUUUCUCCGCCACGCCACGGACGCGAGGACUCAUUCGACAGCCUGGACUCCUUCGGCUCACGCUCUCGACAGACCCCAUCGCCGGACGUCCUGGUCGCCCGCGGCAGCAGCGAUGGCCGUGGCAGCGACUCAGAGUCCGACGGCCCCCCUCACAGGAAGAUGCCAGAUGUUCGUAAGGACGACAUGUUGGCACGGCGAACGUCCGUCAGCGAGCCACGAACCGCCAUGCCCUUCAACCAGUACCUGCCCAACAAGAGCAACCAGAGCGGAUAUGUGCCGACGCCGCUGCGCAAGAAAAAGAACGACAAGGAGGAGGGAGGACGGAAGAGCUGGAGUACCGCCACGUCACCUAUAGGGGGAGACAGACCUUUUAGUCCAAGUGAGGACUCUAGCUUAGACAUCCCACCUGAAGAGUCCAGUAGUCGAUCCCCCACCCCGCCCCUUGAACCCUAUAUACAGAUUCAGAAGGAGAUCCAGGGUAUAGAGGACGAGGAGGAAGGGGAGCAGACUGCAUCCGCACCCUGCAUUGAGAUCCAUGCAGUGGGCAUAAGGAGGAGCAGUGAGCCUCUGCCCUGUAGCCUCUCCCAGCCCCAUGCAGAGCCCCCCAGGGAGACUGUAACUCAGCUGAUGGUCACCUCUGAGCAAAGCACUCCAGCUCGCUCGUGCUCAGAGGAGCUCUUCCACCAUUCGACGACUCCAGCAGCAAACGCCACGGCAGGCUCUGUGGCUGCAACAAGCCCCGUCAACACAGCUGGGAAACAUCCACCUGUGGGAGAGCAGGAGGAUGCAGGAGUUAGGAAAAGAGUCACCGGUUCCCCAUUAGGUGCAGAGGGGACUGAUAAAGAGGCCUGUCGAAAGCUGACCUCGCCCAAACGUGUCAGCACCCCGAGUCCCUCCGACUUCCUUCCUGUGCCCACUGCCAUGGCAACCACUUCAACAGAAACGACCGACACAGGCCGACGGAGGGGACGCACACUGAGCGAAAGGGACGACCCGCACGAACUGACAUCUUGGUUGGACAGCAGUCUCCCAGCAACAUUCAGCCACACAGAUAGUGUGUCAGAUGAUCCACAGAGUGUGAGUAUGAUCGACAUGCGUGGUGAGGAAGAAGGCGUCUUGCAGCCGCACAGUCAGGUGCGUCAUGAGCUGAUGCACAACCAGUACAACAGAAAGAAGGAAGAGGAGGAUCACUGGCAGGAUGACCUGGCUCGAUGGAAAAGUCGGAGGAGGAGUAUUUCCCAGGACUUGAUCAAGAAAGAGGAGGAGAGGAAAAUGAUGGAGCAGUUGAUGUCAGGAGACACCUGCAUCUCUCACAGGAGAAGAAGCAUCAAGACCUACAGAGAGAUCGUGGAGGACAAGGAGCGCCGUGAGGAGGAGCUGCGGCAGGCAUACAGGAGAGCCAGAAACCCAGAUGAGGCGUCUGCCAUUCUUCAACGUUACGCUCAGCGUUUCUCCAUCAGCGAAACAGUCCUGGAACGUCUGCAGCUGCCAAAGCUCUUGGACCGCAGCGUAUCUGCUGACCCUUCCUUACCCUCCUCGCUCUUCCCCAUCUCCCUCUCCCUGUCGACCUCCCCUACGACACCAGACCCCUUUGACGUGGACCCUAACGGGCCGCUGAGGUAUCUCCGCCAGCAGUCCGCCCCAGCUCCAAAGUUCACGUCUACACUGGAGGCACGGAUCGAGGAGUUUCCCAAAGACUCAUCCUCGCACCAGCGGCCUCAGAUUCGCUCCCGCUCCUCUGAACCGCCAACAACCCGAACCCUGUCGCCCAAACCGGUGCCUUUGCUGACACCCAAGCCUUACUUCCAGUCCCGACCUGCAGCAGCUGAAACUUGGAACAGCAAGGCGGAUGGUUUGCUUCGAGUAAACGGCGACGUCAGAAAUGACGACGUUCCCACCACGCCAGAGAGCCAGAGAGGAAGGGAAUCUCCUCCUCGUUUCCAAGCAUCCCCUUCUAAAACCAGUAACAGUGCUGUAGAUGCUCCCUCGUCAGCGGCCUCACCUGCUCACAGUGUACACGCCUCCGCUGCAGGAGGAGCUCCAGGGUCACCAAAGACGAAGGAGACACAAGCUGGCACAGAAGCAAGUUCUGAGGACGUCCGAGUGGAGAAAGUCACUGAGCAUUCGACACCACCCAGCCGGCCAACCUCGCUCCCCACGGAGCUCCAGAAGCCAGAGGAAAGCUUUGUGAAGACAGGAGUCCAGACAGCUGCUGUUCCAGAGAAAGAAAAGUCAAAUGCUGCAGCUCAUCAAACACCACCUGCAGAAGCCAAACAAGAACAAGAAAAGCCUGAAGCAUCUCGGGAAAACCCCUCCAACCUUGUCCAGUCAGGGGUCACCACACAGCAGAAUCCAACAGAUACUUCCCAGGCAGGAGUUCCCUGUUCCCAAGAGCAGUCGCAGAAAGCAGAGAUGGCACCGAGCUCAUCUGCACCAGAAUCAUUUGAAUAUCACCAAGUGAGGGAAACAACAGAAGAGUUUGAAAUCAGUGUCAGGUCUCCGCUGGCAACCAGCAACCCUAAGUUACGUUGGGAGUUCUUCGCUCCGUCAGAAGACGCAGAGAAGGAUCGACGUGGAAAUGUGUCAGUGCCGGUGUUGCCCCAGGCCAAGCGGGGUGACCGCUGGUCUUGGGACCCGGAUGAGGAGCGAAAGCGUCAGGAAAGGUGGCAGCAAGAGCAGGAGCGCAUGCUGCAGGAGAAGUACCAGCGGGAGCAGGAGAAGCUGAAAGAGGAGUGGGAGAAAGCACAGAAGGAGGUGGCAGAGGAGGAGAGGAAGUACCACGAGGAGGAGCGUAGGAUACUGGAGGAAACUGUGGCACCUCUGACCCCCCGCUCCUCAGCCCUGCCCUCCCCCAGCCGAGGGGAGUUCUCCUCCACCUCUGAACCUCAGGACACUAUCGUCCGCUCGCUGGCUGACUGGGAACGCAAACAGGAGCUGCUGGAGAGGCAGUCGAGGCCGAGCACAGAGAGCGUAGAAUGGAAACGGAGAGAAAACGACAGGACCAGUGACAUCAGCACCGCUGACGACAGCAUGAAAACGGGCAGGAGCUCGGUGAGUCAGAGCAGCAGUCAGGUAGAGGUGCUCGCUCACAGCCUUCAGAACGGCCAAAAGCUUCCUCCAAUGGCGACCAAAUCCUCAACUCCAGUCAAGAAACAACAGGAGCCCACAGCAGACAGUAACAGACCCAGCCGGCCUGCAGGAGAUCGAAGGAGCGGCCCCAUUGAUAAUAACAUGGGCCGCGGCUCAUCGAAGCCCCCCGCAGCAUGUCCAUCACCGUCAGACACACUGCCUCCAGCACCCAACAGGUCUGUCAGUGGGAAGAAGCUGUGCUCCAGCUGUGGUCAGCCAUUAGGGAAAGGGGCCGCCAUGAUCAUAGAGACCCUCAGCCUCUACUUCCACAUCCACUGCUUUAAGUGUGGGGUGUGUAAAGGACAGUUAGGCGACACAACUACGGGGACGGAUGUCCGGAUCAGAAACGGCCUCCUCAACUGCCACCAGUGCUACAUCCGCUCCCGCUCGGCCGGACAGCCAACCACAUUGUGACGCUCGACUAAAAAGCACAAGGUUCAAGGAAGAAACCCCAUCCCUGUUUUAACCCGAUUAUCUGCAAAUCAUGUCCUUCACAGCGUGUCGGGAUCUUUGCAUCCUCUUCAGCUCGAUAACCAUUGAAGAUUCAUCAUGUGGGCCAAACGGGGAUCUGGGGACAAUCGCGCGUUUAAAAAAAAAAGAAAAAAAGUAUAUUUCUCGUGUUUAUGUCAUCUGAUAUGUGAGUGAAAUGUGGAUUUGAUUGGUCCUCAUGCCACCACAAACUGUGUUUCAUCAUGCAGCAAGAGAGAAAGAGAGAGAGAGAGAGAGAGAGAGAGAGAGUGUUCUGAGGCGACGGCCAUGUUGAAAAGAGAACAGAAUAACACAGGUAGGCUAUGCUGAUGCCCUGUACCGUCACAAUGAACGCAAAAAGAGCUGUUCAACUCUUGGCUAAGGAGAAUCAGAUUCUGUUUUCCCGGUUGGAGAAAAUAUUUUAAUAUUUACAAUGAUGGAACGGCAAAAUAUUAUCACGUUUCCUGAAUUUGAGUUCCAAAAUAGUGGAGAGAAAAAUAACAUAUGAUCAGGCGGCUCAGAUUGGAUAAUAAAACUUCUCUUAGCAGGCUGGAUCUGACAAAUGCCCCUUCAAUGAAGCAACAGAUUAAAAUGAGCUUAAUAUAGAAAGUGCAAUAAAGGUCACUAUAAACCUCGUAUGUAGACACAAACACACGAUGUUGUAAUUCACUAUAUUUUAUCCUUUGGCCCACUCGGUGACCUCUGAUGUCUCUCGUUCGGUGUACAGAAUAAAAUUAGCUUCUAAUAUAAAGACAUAGUAUGGAUGUAGGUUCAUCAUUAGGGCAAUAACAUGACUUGUGAGCUGUUUUUGUGCUUGUGGGUCACAGCAGGUUGUUCGUCGUCAGGUCUGUCAGCUUGGAAGACUUUAAUGUGCCUUAGGAAAGCAAGGUGAUGCAGGAAACUAAACACCAGCUAUAUGGUGUUUCAAUUUUCCUUUCUUUAUUUUAUUUUAUUUUAUUUUUUGUUUUUUUUGGGUGCGGGGAGGGAUUUGGCCAAAUUGAAACUCCCAAACUGCAGACGGACGGGCUGCAGCCCUCCCUCACAUCACGCUUUACUUCAGUUGAUAAGUACUGUUUAUUUUCUCAGAUACAAGGAACUUAAUUUCAUAUCCGCCCCUGUGACUCCUCUGUGAUUUGUAGUGAAAAAACAAGUGCAAAGAAAGGAAUACGCUGUCGUCUGUUUGAAAGAACACACAGAGUACAGUAUAUUUACUGCAGGGGAAACCAUUGAUUUAAUUUUGAAUGUUUUAUUCUAGAGCGAUAUAGACUUCUGUAUGCUAUUAAUUGAGGUAAUUUUGAUAAUUGCUCAGUGGUAGAAUUCAUUUAUACAUUUAAAGAUAUUUAAAAACGAAAGAGAAAAAAACCAAAAAAAAGGAUCACCAGUACACGUUACAUGUAGUUAAACAGCAGAGGUAAUAUGAACACAUACCAGCAGCAGUUGCACCUGUGCAAUAUUUGGUUGGAUGAAAACUAAAGAUCUGUGCCGCCAGCUGCACAUUUUAAGUCACUCGCUUCUUUUGUAUGAGAAGAGCUCCGUUAUGUGUUGUGGAUGUUAAAAAAAAAAAAAGAAAAGAGAAAAAAAAGAUCAAAUAAAUGCACGUUUAAGCCUAAAACCAAAUGAUUUGCUGUAUGAAAGCAAACUAGCAGCGUCCUCCUCUUCCUCCUCCUGAACUGCGUCCUAUAGCCAAGCUUCUCUCUCCGGGUUCAUCUCUCUGAUCUACAGUAUUUUUUAAGGUUCUGUUACGACUGUGUAUUUUUAUCCUCUUUUAGUUAAUGAAUCAGCUGAGUCUCUUAUAGCGGGAUCUUUGAGACGGAGCUCUAUAUUCAGACGGUCUUCUUAACAGGAUAGUUGGGGAAUGAAAACCUUUUACGUCUGUUCUGUAUUUAUUGUAAUAUUCACCUGAACACUAUCCGAAAUAUAGAUUAAUUUGAUGUUUAAAUGCAAUGGCAUUUAUAGCAUACUGUAUGUUUAUAAAUAAAAUGUUAUAAAUUAAAA